AUGUGCGGCGAAAACCUCCUCAGCGUCGCGGCCGCGGGGCCUUCCGUGGCGGUCGGAUCCCCAAGGGGGCGGACGCCCUCGGUGCAGAUUGUAUCGCCCAACGCCGGCCGAUUGGGGGGAGGGGUGGCCUCCCGAGAGGUCGACCUCGCCGAAAGCGGUCGUGCGGAAUCCCUCCGUUCCUCGAUAUCGGAAAGCAGCCUCGACAGCAACGAAGAAGAAGAGGAGGAGGAGGAGGACGACGACGACGAAGCGAGCAACGGGGACUCGCGUCAUGGGAGUGAGCAGGGUAAAACCGACGUGGCGAGCUAUCGCGAGCUUGUGCACUUUCUCCAGACGCUGGAGUCGGUGCCGUAUGAUAAACUGCCCUGCGCGGCGGUGCCCCCUACCAUGGCGGGUGCCGAACUGCGUCCCUUUCAGCUUCAGGCCCUCCAUUGGCUCCAGCACCAGGAAUUCACGACCCCCACCCCCACCCCCACCCCUCUUUCCAACCGCCCCAUUGAUCGAUAUUCACACCUGCAGGGGCAACGGUUCGGCUCCCCAGGGGGGGUUGGCUCUUCGGACGCGUUAACAACGGUAUCAGGCCGCCGCGAUCUCCUCGGGGGGUCCUUUUCACCCCUGGCUCUGACGGAAACCUCAGAGGAGGUGACUCGGCAAGCCGCCAAGUCGGUUCGCGGCGGAAUCUUUGCGGAUUACAUGGGGUUGGGCAAAACCCGCACGAUGAUCGCCCUCUGCGAGGCCACCCGCCGCCCGCGGGUGGAUCGCGUAACGGGCAGUCAGGUGGAGUCCGUGGCGACGCUGGUGGUAUGCCCUUCCGCGCUCCUCCACGUAUGGCUGGCGGAGCUCUACCGCUGCGUGGUACCGGCGCCGAGUGUGAUGCUCUACCACGGCUCCAACCGUCGCCGUCGGCUUUCCCUCUUUGACUUAGCGCAAAAAUACGACUACGUGCUCACGAGCUACCAGACGCUACGGCAUGAGUCCUCCUCAAAAAGUGCGUCGCCCGGGAAGUUGUAUAUGAUACGUUGGCAGCGUAUCGUGCUCGAUGAGGCUCAUGCGAUUCGAACGGCCUCCGCCCAGCAGACGCGCGCAUGCCUCAAACUCAGCGGGGUUUGCAAGUGGGCAGUCACCGCGACGCCGGUCUACAACAGCCUCAACGAUCUCUUCCCGCUGCUGAAGUUCCUCGAGGUGCCGUACUUUGGGGUGCUGCAGUGGUGGAACGAGGAGAUUGUGCGGCACUUUAAUAUCGACAUCCACCACCCCCGCCCGACGACGGCGUUGCGCAUUUUGUUUAGUUCGCUGUUGCUGAGACGGACUCCGGACUCGGUGGUGGACGGCCAACGUAUUCUGGAGCUGCCGCCAAAAUACAUUCGAACUGAGCUGGUGGAUGUAUCGCGUGAGGAAAGAGAGUUUUAUGAUGCGAUUCAUACUAAUGCGAAUCGCAAGCUCGACAUUGCAUCUAAGCGUCAGGCUAUGGGAGGCAGUGGCAACGGUAGCCACCUGGCCACUUUUAACACGGCGUUUGAGAUGAUGAUUCGAUGUCGUCAGGCUCUCCUGCACCCGUACAUCGUGGUAGUGGCACUUCAGCAUUGCAGCAAGUUAGAAGAUAAGAUGCAGCUGAUUUCGAAGGGUUCUGACAGCGCUAGCACGGAUGCUUGUAAGGCUAGGGAAAGUGAUGAUCAAACUUCUCAAGCCAUCCAACAUUAUAUUGACACCGUACUUCGAAACCGCAUCGUAUCCAAGGAUACCACCUUCUUCCAGGAGCUAGUUGAGGAGCUUAAAAAGCAUGAGCUAGGCAAGCGGGAGUGUAUUAUUUGCCUCGACCGUGUGAACCGUCCGGCAAUCCUUCCUUGUGGACAUACGUUUUGUGCCGAGUGCAUUGAGCAUGCAUUACAAUUGAAUCGGCAUUGCCCCAUGUGCAAGCGACCAACAAAACGUUCACAGGUAGCAGUGGUCCCACUCGAGUUUCUCUCUUCGAGCAACAAUGCGGACGCACGCGAGCACGGGAUGGGCCCUCUUGGACGUCUUCUCAACGAAUUAGAGAACGUUGAUUUAGCCGAUCACAAGAACUGGCCGAUGACCUUGAGCACGAAGACGCAAUGGUUACUGAACGCACUGAGUCAUAUCCCGCCAGACGAGAAGGUGGUCGUCUUCAGCACUUUCGUAACCUAUUUGAGGUAUCUCCAAUAUUGUCUGAAGGAGAGGGGCAUUGAAAGCAUCCUCUACGGCGGCAACUUAACCUUUAAGGAGAAGGAUAAGGUGUUGAAGUGUUUCAGCGGAGAGAGCUCUACAUGCCACGCCACGGGUGAGGCAAAGGGCCUAAGCGAGGCCAAACCUCAAUCACGGUCCCGGAUUGCUUUUAGCGGGUCGCCUCAGGUGCUGUUGACGACCUUUUCCUCUUGCAGCGUUGGGCUUAACCUCACCUGCGCGAACCACUGCUUUAUGAUGGAGCCGUUGUGGAGCCCGGGGUUGGAGGAGCAGGCCCUCCACCGCGUCCAUCGCAUCGGGCAGACCCGCCCUGUUACCAUCACGAAGCUCCUCGCCCGGGGAACGGUGGAGGAGAAGAUCGAGCAGCUCUGCCAGCAAAAGCGUUCCCUUAGCGGGUACUGCUUCCAGUCCGGAACAGGGGAAGGAGGGGGCGCCGCUUCCCCUGCCGCGCAAGGGUGGGAUGUGCACCGGCUUCGAACGGAGGACCUGCUCGCCCUCUUCGCCAACGACCCCAAGAGCGACGAAGAGGAGCUGGAGAGCAGUAGCUCAGACGACAUCUCGUGA